AUGACUUCGCAAAAUACUGUUGUUGAAUUAAAAGCUCUCGCCAGAGAGCGCGGCCUACAUGGCUACUCAAAACUCAGAAAAGCUGAGUUGCUCGAAUUAUUAUCAGGCUCACCUGUUUCUGCUAUUAGACCGAUGAGGAAUAGUCAACCUGUUCCACCGCCAAGAUCUACUAGACGGUUCAAACCAGUCCGACGUGUUACAAUUAUUCCUGGCCAACAAGACAUGGAUUUGUUUGAGCAGCAAGAAAUGGCAAAAAAUAGACCCCAGGUAAAAAACAAGAUAGAGGAGAGAAAGAGGAGGAAAAAAAAAAAAGAGGAAAAAGAAUUUACUCCUAUUGAAACAGCCUUUAAUGGUUCUUACAAAAGGUUCAAGAUAAACUCAGAUGGAAAAAAGGAUGUUGAUUUGGAACUCAAAAACAAAAAAUCAAUAAAAAUACAAGCAACUGUGUGGAUCAAAUGGAGAAAGGAGGAUUUAUCCAAUCCUGAAACGACAAUCUAUGUUGAUAAGGCGUUCAAUAGCUAUAUGGAAACAAUUCACAAUGAAAACGAUAUAUAUAAUGUUGUUAAUAAUAUGCUCAAAAAGAUAAUCGAGCAGAUUGAAAACCCUGCGUUACCUCAAUCCGGCUUUGUUAUCGAUAAAAUUUUAAAUAUUGAUGUAGACUUUCACAAGCUAAAAUUGACGAGAGGCAGCUCUUACUUGCCGCUACCUAAGAAUUUCAGCGGUAAGAAAUCGAUAAUCAAUCCUAAAAAUGAAGAUGAUGAUGAAUGCUUUAGGUGGGCUAUUAUCGCAGCUCUCAAUCAUGAUAAGAUCGAUAAUCAUCCUGAACGAAUCUCAACUUUUAAAAAGUAUGAUAACUAUAAUUGGAAUGGUUUAUCGUUUCCGAUGCCAUUGAAUAAGAUAGAUUUGUUUGAGAGAAGAAACCCUGAUAUUGCUGUGCAUGUCUUAACUAAAGAAGGAGGUAAUUGUGUCUAUAUGUGUCGUAAGUCGAAGCAUCUUGAUCGCAAAGAAACGGUUGUUUUGUUUUUACUGUGUGAGAAGGAAAAGAGGCAUUAUAUAGCUGUAAAGAACUUGAGCGGUGUCUUGAGUAAGGUCAACUCGAAGCAUAAAAAUAAAGAGCAUUAUUGUUUAAAUUGUCUAUCUGGUUUUAAUAGUGAGGAGACCCGAAAUGAACACUUUGAAUAUUGUAAAAAUAAUGAAGCUGCUAAAAUCAAACUCCCGAAAGAGGGUAGCACCGUUAAAUUUAUCAAUGGUCAGUACCAGCUCAAAGCCCCAUUUAUCAUGUAUGCUGAUUUCGAAGCUUUGUCAAAAGAGGUGUCUGAAGAAGAGAAAAAUAGCGGAUCAUCCACUGAAAAAGUUGGUAAACAUAUCCCCACAGGUUUCUGUUGUUACAGCAAAUUUGCUCAUGGUGAAGUUCCAGACCCUCUGACGCUUUACCGCGGUGAAGACCGUGUUUUACGCUUUGUGAAUUAUGUAGUAGGUGAAGUGAAAAGGCUAUACAAUAUCUUUUCAAAAAGAAGAAUGCAAGAUCUCACAAAUGAUGAGGUGACAAAAUUAGUCAAUUCUAGUAAGUGCCACAUAUGCAAGAGACAUUUCAACCAGGAUAUGCUUGUUGCUGAUCACUGUCAUUUUACUGAAUUGGCCAAACAGUAUGGAGAUGAAAAUAUUACCGUCAUCGCUGAAAACAAAGAGAAAUACAUCUCUUUCUCGCUAGAUGUUGUGGUCGGUGAAUAUGUGAAGAAAGGUGAAAAAAGGAAUCUCGGGAUACAACUGAGAUUCAUCGAUAGUGUGCGUUUCAUGGCUAGUAGCCUGGAUAAGUCGGUAAACAAUCUAUCUGAUGAUCAGUGUAAAAAUCUUCGAAAAUUCUUCAAGGGUGAUGAGCAAUUCAAACUAUUGAGAAGAAAAGGAGUUUAUCCAUAUGAAUACGUUGAUUCUUUCGAUAAGUUCAAUGAAACUAAGCUUCCGGCAAAAGAUGCUUUUUACAGCAAGUUGAAUAGGACCGGUAUCAGUGAUGCUGAUUAUGCGCAUGCGCAGAAAGUGUGGAAAGACAUGAAAAUCAAAAAUAUGGGUGUGUAUCAUGAUAUCUACCUCAAGACAGACGUUCUAUUGCUUGCUGAUGUUUUUGAGACUUUUAGGGAAACAUGCCUAAAACAUUAUCAAUUAGAUCCUGCAAAUUUUUACCCUGCUCCUGGGUUAGCUUGGCAAGCAUGUUUGAAAAAGACCAAAAUUAAGCUAGAUUUGUUACAUGAUAUGGAUAUGUUUCUGUUCAUGGAGAAAGGUAUUAGAGGAGGUCUCACUCAGGCUGUUCAUAGACAUGCUAAAGCUAACAACAAAUAUAUGGGUGUUCGAUAUAAGACGACCGAAGAGACCAGCUAUCUCCAGUAUCUUGAUGCAAACAAUCUGUAUGGAUGGGCUAUGAUUCAAAAAUUACCAACGGGAAAGUUCAAGUGGGUUGAUGAUCCUAAUAAAUUCACGACUAAACUCAUUUCUAUGUUGGCUGAGGAAAACGGUGAAAAGGGUUACAUACUCGAGGUGGAUGUGAGAUAUCAAAAAGAGCUACAUGAUACGCAUAACGAUCUUCCUUUCAUGCCUGAGCGAAUGGAGAUUAAUGGGGUCGAAAAGCUAACUCCAUGCCUUUCUGACAGAAAAAGUUAUGUUAUUCACAUCCGUGCGCUUGAUCAAGCGUUGAAACAUGUUCUUGUUUUUGAUAAGGUUCAUAGGGUGAUAGAAUUUGAGCAAAGCGCAUGGUUGAAAGCGUACAUCGAUUUUAACACCGAUUUGCGCACAAAAUCAAAGAACGACUUAGAGAAAGAUUUUUUCAAGCUGAUGAAUAAUUCGGUCUUUGGUAAAACUAUGGAAAACCAACGUAAACACAAAGACAUACGCUUGGCUACCAAGAAACAGCAAUAUGAGAAACUAGUGAUGAAUCCCAACUUCAAAGGAAGCAUCUGUUUCUCAGAAACACUGAUGGGUGUUGUAAUGCAGAAAAUUAAAGUCGUGUUGAACAAGCCAAUCUAUCUAGGACCUGCAAUUCUCGACUUGUCUAAGAUAAUUAUGUUGAAUAAAGAGGUCAUUGGUCUAAUGAAAGAUGAGUUAGGCGGUAAGAUAAUGACGGAGUUUGUCGCUCUUAGAGCGAAGACCUAUGCAUAUAAACAGUUAGACGGAACAGAGGACAAAAAGUGCAAGGGAGUCAAGAAGUGCGUAGUAAAGAAGACCAUGGGGUUUGACGAUUAUAAGAGAUGCUUGUUCGAUGGUGUGAACAUUUACAGAGAGCAGAUGACCUUCCGAUCGAUUAAACAUGAUGUUCACACCAUAAAAACAAACAAACUCGCUCUCAAUGUAGAUGAUGACAAAAGAAUUAUCCAUAAUGAUGGAAUAAGCACCUAUGCGCGAGGACAAUAUAAGGCUACAUAA